AUGGAUUCGAUGAGGUCCUUAAACACUUCCUUGCCCAGCUCAACACCCCGCCCACAGCCUCCCGAGCAACUCUUGCAGUCAUUCAAGGCAGCUGCCUUAUCCGUUACCAACCUCUAUAAGAAUGCUCUCGGUGAGCAAGCCCAGGCGAAACAGUCCGGCUACCAAGAAGCCAUAGAGGAUCUCCUUCAUUUUCUUGACCGGGAGAACCUCGGCCUCAGUGAUGGAGAAGGGUGGAAGGUUCGACAAUGGGCAACGGAGAAGUGUGAUGGGAUCACGUCCCAGAACAGCGACGACGAUGAACGGGGGGAUGCGGAUAAGCGUGAUCGAAGCGCCACUCCUGCUGCUCCUCGCAGAGAGCAACCCCAGCACGCCUCUGAAACCCCCACUCGACUGGCACCCACGACCACUUCGGCAUCAACACCGAAACCAGAUCCGACGACUACCACCACACAAACAACGGACACAGCCCAACAGACUCACGAGGCAAACUCGCUUGGAAGAUCCACGGUCUUUACCUUUUCCGCGGGACCAACUCUUCCCCAGUGCCAGGAACUGGAUAUGGACAUGCAGUCCUCCGACGCCUCCACCACUUCCACGGAAGAUGGGAGCCCCGUAAGCGUCUCUAUUAUGCCCCGACCCACUCGCCAACACCACCGCCACAACAAUCACGCCCGUCCGAACGCCCGUCCAUCUACACGAGAGGCCCCCGCCGCAGUGGGGUCGAAACGGAAAUUCACCGUCCCGGACUUCUUCGACCUAUCCGGUCUAAACAACGGCCGCGACACGUUCGGAGGUGGGAAGCGCGGCCGCUUUACGUAG